AUGACCUAAUGGUUGACUUAGCUAAGCAGAAUCGACUGGUUUAUUCAAAGCAAUCAGUGGGUUUUCCUGCAUGACCUAUAUAUAGACCGUUGGUAAUUUUUCCGUCAUCUCAGGAGGAGUGACAUAUUUUACACCGCAGUAUUUGACAGUAUUUGCCGGCCACACAAGGAGCGUCAUCAAGUGGUUAUGAAUAGUUUGCUUUGCAGCAGAUACAACUGAUACUGGAAUUCCUCUCAUAUCAGAUGCCAUGACAGAUACUCGCCGUACCAAAAACCACCCCGGUGGACCCCCUUACACUGUUGACAAAACAACACAAACUGAUGGUUCUAUUCGAGAUGGGGGUGAAAUACAGUUCCGAGAAAUUCGCGGAAACUUUAUUACACAAAUAGGUUCCAACAACAAAGUUGUUGACAUAACCGUAACCAAGGACUUCCUUCAAAUGGCAAAGGAGGAUGAGGAACAUUUAGUUUGUGAUAAAAACGUCCCCGUUAUCCUGCUGAAAUGGCAUGGAGCUGCUGUACAUGAAGAAGACGCAGCCAAGACAUUGACUUCAGCAUGGACAAUACGGCUGAAGGAAAUGUUUAGGGACAUGCGUGGGGAAAUAUUACAACACAUUUCAAACUCUCUGUUUUCGCGUCUCAGGAAAUUUAUUGAGGACAUUUUCAUGAAGUAUGCUUCCAGACUUACUUCAGUCUGCAGUGGGUCUCUGCUGUUCGUGUUCCAACAUGCUGAUGAGGAGUCUUCACAGAGAAUGGUUGCAGACAAGGAGGUUGUGCGGGAGAUGUUCCACCAGCUGCUGCUGGGGAUGGGCAAGGGGGAAAUAGAGUUCACGCUGGAGGUAGAUAUACGUACAGGUGACUGUAUGGAGGUUGAAGCAGGUGGAAAUGUAGGUGGUGGUGAAGACGUUGAUGCUGAUCCCCUCGCUCCAGGAAUGGAUCCACUGGUAAAGACACUACCGCCAAACGUCCCGCUAGACACCAACGCCGGGGCAGCGAAGAAUGUAACAGAUAUGACAGAGGUCGAGCGUAGAUUGCAAUCUAUGGAAAACGACUUUAGAAUGAUGCAGCGAGAGGUGAAUGGACAUAUGGACAGCAUUCGUGUUGAUAUGGGAAGAGGAUUGAAGGAGAUGAGAGAGGUUACACAGACCUUCUUGGAAACGGUGUUGACGAAGACACCAGCAAAUCGACAGGACAAGGAACCAACACACUCUGAACAUACACUGAUCCCCGAGCCUCAUGACAUGCUUUCACUGACUGGAAAGGCGGGUUUCCCAUUUAUCUCAAUGUCAGUAGAACAGUUCCAACAAACGGCAUACCCGGUGUAUAUGGAGAAGGAAGUGGCACCCGACACUUCCCGGAACACUGAACCUACUGUCCCACCGACAUCCAUCGCUGACAACAAUGAACCCACGAAAGCAGCAAGCUAUGAAAUAUCAGGCGAAGGAACAGAUGAGCAGCAAAUGUCAGGUCCAGCUACAAUCGGCACAGCUGCGUCUUCUGAAGGUGCUGGGAUUGAGGGGGAUGUAGUUAUCCCUCCAUCAAGAUCCGAACAAGACAUCCCGUGUCAACCAAAAGGAGAAGUACCCGUAAAACAAAAGUACGAAGAGGCUGAGCAGCUCUUGGACUCCCUUAAUGUCGCUAAUGUGGGAGACAGCUCAUCUGACCCGGAAGUGAGACGUUUGACUGACGCUGUGGCUGCAGCUCUGGUUGAAGAAGUUACACCACCACCAAGGGCAAUGGGCAUGGACACUGUGUUAUGUUUGGAUGUGUCAGACAGCAUUGGGCUGGAAGGCCUAGAGGAAGUCAAGCAGAUUGCCAACAACUUUGUAGAUGGAAUUGAGGAUACAGCUGCUCAGCACGGAGUAGAGGAGAAUGUAGGUGUGGUGUCACUGGGAGGAGGAGCCAAGGUUGUCCAGCAGCUCACCAACGACUACGGAGCUGUCCGAGAUGCUAUAGAAAGUCUGGUCUGUUAUGGGAAAAGUCCGAUAUUCGAAGCUCUCCUGGUGUGUGUUGCGACAGUGAAAGAAGGAGGGGGAGUACUAAGCGUUGGAAGAGUGCACAAGAUCAGGCCAAGGAUAAUCUUUAUCACAGACGGCUUGGCCACUGACGACACCCACCCAACAGGAUCAGAUACCCCCUCAACAGAUCUCAGUACCAAGGUCGAGCUGAUCCAACUAAUGAGUGAACUCUCCCUCAAGAAGAGCAGUACAACUCCAAACCCAAUAACAUGGGUUCCUGUCGCAUCUGCGGACAGGUCAUUCCUGACCCCUCUGUCAAAACUUAGCGAUGGAAACAUUGUUGAAGGAAAGGACAUUGCAACUUUAUGUACCUACUACAGAGUACAGGAAAGCAUUGGAAAAAUGUACAUGUUAAUAAAAUCUCAUGAAUUCUCGAGCGAGGCCAUGGAUGCACUGACAGAUGUCUUCAUCGGAGAUAUGUCUCCUCAAGAGAAGCGUUACGUCAUUCAAGAAGUAAAGGCGAAAUUAGAAACAAAGGACACUGGCCUCGUGGAUGAUGACCCUCAAGGAUAUGACAACAUUAAGGAGCUCAAGGACUUGCCUCCCCUUGGGUCAAGGGUUAUCAGAGGUCCUGACUGGAAGUCCCAAAACCAGGAUUUAAAUGGACCAGGAACAAUUAUCAACCAUGCUGAUGAUGACAACUACGUCUGGGUUCAGUGGGACUUGAACGAUUUUGCAUGCCGAUACAGGUUUGGCUACGAGGGCAUGUAUGACAUCACUGAAGUGGAUAACCAGCCAAGGAUCCUUAGUCAGAAUGAGCUGAUUGAGAUUGGGUGCAGAGUGAGAAGAGGCGCUGACUGGUCAAGUGGCGAUAAAGACGGGGACGUUGGUAACACUGGUGUUAUCAUCAGGAAAAGGCAAGAUGGCAAAGUGAAAGUCAGGUGGCACAAUGGUAUGAUUCAGUCCUGUAACUAUGGGUAUGAAGGAAAAAUGGAACUUGUGAUAUGCUCCCUAGAAGAUAUCAUACCUUCGGCACAGAGAAAGAGGACACACACAGAUGAUGUUGCUUCCCAGAAAGGUCAUGGUGUACCAACUGCUGAGAAACCUCACGUUCUGUGGCAGUGGCAUGAUGACCGAGGCCGGUGGCGACUGUAUGACAGGGGAAAUAUUGACAAACUCACCAGGGAAUUUGAUCGAAAACCAACCGGUUCCUGUGUAAUACAGAAACAAGGGAGGAGUUUCCGUGUUUUGUUCAGCUUGAUGCAAGUGAAAUGUGUGGAAGACAGCACCAGGCAUGACGUGAGACGCCUAGUGGUGAGUGAUGAAGACCGGGAUGAAUGCGUCGCCAAGGAAUUUUCAAUCAGUGGUGACAGCUGAUGGACCGCCUUGUGGCUUCCAGAUGGGGAGGGUUUUAUAUAUACAAUGAUUUGAAAGAAUUUAACCCUUCUACUUUACCGCGCCCAUUUAAACAAUCUGUUCCAUAUAUUUAUGAGACCUACUGUCUGACGCCACUUACAAUUAACUCUGUGGUUCAGUAGAUUGACAUUUCAUUUCGAAUAA